AUGGCGGGCAUUGACCUCAACACCGUGGAGGAGGAUGAGGCGGAGGCGGAGGUGCCGCCUGUGGCCGCCAGGGCCGGUGGCCCCGUGUGCUUGGAGCUGUGGCACGCAUGCGCGGGACCCGUCGCGCCACUGCCGCGCAAGGGCAAUGCCAUCUUGUACCUGCCGCAGGGCCACCUCGAGCACAUCGGCGGCGACGCGGAGAGGCGGGCGCGGGCGCGGGUUCGGGAGGACGAGGACGCGCGUCGCGACGGCGAGGACGAGGCCGCCAUGAAGCCGCUCGCACGGACGCCGCACAUAUUCUGCAAGACGCUCACGGCCUCUGACACCGGCACGCACGGCGGCUUCUCCGUGCCGUGCCGCGCGAGGACUGCUUCCCACCGCUAUUUUCAAGUAACAGAGUAUCUCAAUAUUUAUCUUACUCGAGUUCAUGGUUUAAGACGGAGGAUUUCUGAUGGGUUGGAUUUUCAACUGAUUAGGCAGACAUUAACGUCAUGGAUAAGAUUUGAAGAGGAGAAUGGCACCUUGGAUGAUUAUGACCUUGCUGUAAAGAAGGUUACGCCUCGGCUAAAGGAGCUUAUGACGUUUAAGUCUCAAGAGGAGGCUAAAGUUGAGGCUUACCCUAACCCCAAUGAUAAUUCUAAUGCAAAUGAUUCCUCUCAAAAAAGAAAACCAAGUAAGAUGGCCAAUAAACAGCAGCCCCCUGCGAAGAAAAGAAAAGAGAAUCCACCAAAAAGCACCAUGCCAUCAAAUGACCAAGGAUCAAAUCUACAAAGUGGGCACAGUGGUGCCGUUACUACUGUAGAAGUUGGAGAGGCCAGCAGGGAGAAGGUCGUGGCAUCUAUGGAGAUGAAAGUGGAUGGUGACAGCCAAAUAGGGAAAUCAAGUUCAAAUGAACCAAAGCCAUCCUUCUAUAAUGACAAGUGUACAGUUUUUGUGUCAAAUAUUGACUUGAAGGCAAAUGAGGAUGAUCUCCGACGAUUCUUGAUGAGUUGUCCUGCAUGUUCUAGAAAAGCUUUCUAG